CCAGCAGAGGAGGAGAGAAGCUGGAUAAUUAAGAAACGUGGCUUCAGGACCAUUGUGUAUUGUAACGGCAAGCAGGUUCUAGAUGUCACAGCAACCUCUGAAACGUGUGAUCAUCCUAGUAUGCGCAAUGGCGUCUGGAGAACUUACUGGGGACGACAAGUGACCAGAGUUAUAUUCUCAUCUUACAGGGACACAGCAUCAGACUCGUAUUACAUUGGCUCUGAGAUGCUUAACUGUACCGGGUUGGACGACAAAUGGACCAACAUGGAAACUAGCACAGACUUCCCGGUACUUUUAGGUAGCAAAAUAUCUCUCAGAUGCAUAGAGGGAUAUAGACUAAAAGGAGAUAACAUGGUCUCGUGUCAACGUGAAACCCAGUUCAACUAUGAUACGGAACCAAACUGUGAAGGUGUGCCUAUUCACGGUGGGUACAGUGACUACACUGACUACGGAGAUUGUUCGAAAGUAUGCGGAGGAGGAACUAAAACCAGGACUAGGACCUGUACUAACCCUGUACCUCAACAUGAAGGAGAUGAGUGUGUUGGAGACGCCAGUGAAGAUACAGACUGUAACGAACAACCUUGUCCAAUUCACGGUGGGUACAGUGACUACACUGACUACGGAGAUUGUUCGAAAGUAUGCGGAGGAGGAACUAAAACCAGAACUAGGACCUGUACUAACCCUAUACCUCAACAUGGGGGAGAUGCGUGUGCCGGGGUGGCCAGUGAAGAUACAGACUGUAACGAACAACCUUGUCCAAGAAAUGCCCCUGUGGGGAUGUGGAAGAGGCUGAGUAUAUCCACGCUGAAACUUUUGAACUACAGUCUAGUUUACCUCCUUUGCCACCCCAUGCCCCUCCCUUACCACCCACAGCAGCAACGACAAAUGAGGAACAAAACGAAUCCAUCUACAAUGACACGGAACUAAAUUGAGCUCAGUUUAUUUGCUCUAAAGUUUUAUUAAAUAUCUUUUUCAAUUAGUGCAAUGAUAUUUUGCAGACAUUUGUGAUGUCAUAAUUUUUACUUUACUUUAUUUUACUCCAUAAUGAACAUUUAGUGAGGGCGGCACAUUGUAAAGACGUAUUUUUUUGACCACCAAAUAUAUAAAGAAGG